AUGAUAUUCAAAUUUAGAAGAAAGGUACCAAGGAUUUUUAGCUCUAGAGGAUAUUUGUUAGUGAUAAUGUUCAAAAGUCGAGUUGGUAGUGUCUUAGGGUUGGCUUCUAGGGGUCGCUUUAGUUGGCAGCCUGCGGUAGCACAAAGGUGGAUUUCAAUCAAGACCUUGACCACACCUAACGAGAACGCUGUAAAAUUCGUCUCCACGGAUGGAGAAUUGCUUCAAGACCAUGGUAGCAGUAGUGUGGAGAUUAAGAAUACGGACGAUUCACUAAUAUCGCAUUCCAAACUCGCUCAGCGCAUUUUUGUGCAAUGUCCCGGCGUUGAGUCACUGAUGAUCGGCGAUAAUUUUAUAACAGUUAACAAGGAUCCUAUGGUUCACUGGAAUCAAGUGAACUCCAAGGUAAUCGAGUUACUGACUGAACAUUUGGCCUCUGGCGAAAAUACACUUACGGAGGAGUUUCACAGUGCGAAAGAUAGCCAAGAAGUCGGUUAUGAGAUGACGAUGCCCAAAUUUGACCUAACGGAAGAGGACAAAGAGGUCAGCGACAUGAUCGACGAGAUUAUCCAGACAAGAAUUAGACCAGCAAUUCAGGACGAUGGCGGUGAUAUUCAAUAUCGGGCGUUUGACCCCAAAUCAGGUACUGUGUAUCUUAAAUUACAGGGUGCGUGCAAGUCUUGCUCUUCGAGUGAGGAUACGUUAAAGCAUGGCAUUGAGUCCAUGCUUAAACACUACGUUGAAGAGGUUCAAAGUGUGGUUCAAAUGCUCGAUCCAGAAGAAGAGGUUGCAUUGAAAGAAUUCGAUAAGUUCGAGCGAAGGAUUCAGUCAAAGAACGGCAAAGAUGCUAGUGCACCUUAA